AUGUCUACGUUUAUUCAUAAAUCUCGACUUCAUCUGCUCUCCAAACCAAGACUGGCUCUUGGUCUAUUUCUAUGCAGUAUUCUUAUAAAUCUCUAUCAGUUUUUAUAUCAAUCAUCGAAUUGUUCUUAUUUAUGCUCAUAUAAAUCAAUUCUGGGUAAAACUCAACUUACGUUUGACAACUCCCACAAUGUGCCACACUAUUCCGAAUUCAUUUGCCCACAAAACUUCCGAAACCUGGCUGAUUGGGUUUAUGGUUGGCCCGAAGACUAUCUGCAAGGUGUAUCCGUAUUUGAACAAUCAGUUUACACGCACGAUUCUAAAAUUAUUCAUUGGUUUGGUCAGAACUCCGAAAUCUAUGCGUCACAACAUGGCAGAUUUACUCCAAUUCCUAUUGGUAAGGUAAAUGCACUGCCAACAGGCAAUCUAUCUUACUUUUAG